GCUGAGGUUCCAGGAGUGGGAGCUGCGGGAGCAGGAGCUGAUGAGGGCAGCCGUGACCUGAGAGCAGAGGAGCCACCUCUUGGAGACCUUUUUCAGGCACCUUUUCUCCCAGGUGCUGGACAUCAACCAGGCGGACGCAGGGACCCUGCCCCUAGACUCAUCACAGAAGGUACGGGAGGCCCUCACUUGCGAGCUGAGCAGAGCUGAGUUUGCCGAGUCCCUGGGCCUCAAGCCCCAGGACAUGUUUGUGGAGUCCAUGUUCUCCCUGGCGGACAAAGAUGGCAAUGGCUACCUGUCAUUCUGGGAGUUUCUGGACAUCCUGGUGGUCCACAUGAAAGGCUCUCCUGAGGAGAAGUCUCGCCUUAUGUUCCGCAUGUAUGACUUUGAUGGGAAUGGUCUCAUUUCCAAGGACGAGUUCAUCAGGAUGCUGAGGUCCUUCAUCGAGAUCUCCAACAACUGCCUGUCCAAGGCCCAGCUGACGGAGGUGGUGGAGUCCAUGUUCCGGGAGUCCGGCUUCCAGGAUAAGGAGGAGCUGACGUGGGAGGACUUCCACUUCAUGCUGCGGGACCAUGACAGCGAGCUGCGAUUCACACAGCUCUGCGUCAAAGUCCCUCCCCCAGAGUGAGCGCUCGCUGUCCCCACAGCAACGCUGACAUGGAGUGGACAGCACAGAGACUGCAGUGCCCCAUGGACACAGACCCUCCCCAGGAGAUUCGAUGGAGGUUUGGCAAGAAGGUAACAUCAUUCCAGCCCCUGCUGUUCACGGAGGCCCACCGGGAGAAGUUUCAGCGCAGCCGGCGCCACCAGACCUUGCAGCAGUUCAAGCGCUUCAUCGAGAACUACCGCCGCCACAUUGGCUGCGUGGCUGUGUUCUAUGCCAUCAGCGGGGGCCUUUUCCUGGAGCGGGCCUACUACUACGCAUUUGGGGCUCACCACAUGGGCAUCACGGACACCA